GUAUUGAAUAUGUGCGGAGCACAGCGACAUGCAGCUCAUGCAUUGCCCGCUCGCAGAAUGACGGCGUCUUCGUGUCCCAUGGGCAGUGACUAUGUCCGGCGCGCUAUAAUACCUUGUUGAUGCAAGAGAUCAAUAUCUUGUCCACACCAGUGCGCAAUGUUAGGGAGUUGCUCAUCCAAUCCCUCUUCACACAACCUCGCUAAUUCAUCUAAGACAUCAUGCAAAUGUCCAUAUAACAAAAAACCAGGGAAAAAUCUGGUUGUUUGCAUUGAUGGAACAUCGAACACGAGCGAACAUAACAGUCACGUCUUCGAACUAUACAGCAAUAUUGUCAAUGAUGAUGAAAAACAGACAGCGUGGUACGCCACUGGUGUGGGAACGUAUGUCAGGCCCGAAGGUUUCGCGUAUGUGAAGGAGGUUUCGAAGAUAUUGGACCUGGUAAUUGCUCAUAUCAGGACAAACAUAUUGAAUGCCUAUGAAUGGCUCUCAGACAAGUACCAUGACGGUGAUAAGAUCUUCCUGUUUGGAUUUUCAAGGGGUGCAUAUCAGGUGGGGCUUAUCACAUCCGCAAACAAAGAGCAGAUACCACGUGCCUUCCAGUCUUACUGCGCCAUUAAUAGCGGGAAGUCCACGGAUAUUGAUGUUGCGAAGGAGUUCAAAAUGGAAUUCUCCAGAAGCGUAGUAAUGCAUUUCAUUGGUGUAUGGGACACUGUUUCGUCUGUUGGUGUUAACAAGACAAUGAAUUUCCCGUCAACUGCUACAUGCGAUCACGUUUGCUACUUCCGCCAGGCACUUGCGCUAGAUGAGCGCCGGGUGAAAUUUCUACCUGAGUAUGCCUACGGGGCAAUGAGCAAUCGAUCGAACUGGUUUAAAUACCAAGAGCUGGCGCUGCCUCCCACAGACGAAGGUCGUAUCAAGGAGGUUUGGUUUGCUGGCAGUCAUUCUGAUGUCGGGGGUGCCUGUUGGAAGAAAACGAGCUAUCCCCAUGACUUCCGAAACAUCCCCCUGCUAUGGAUGCUUAAAGAAGCUCAUGAGGCGGGGCUUCUCGUCAAUCCCCGCGAUGUAGCUUUCAAUUAUGAAUCUGAACCAAUUAUGGAAGCCAGAGUUACUGAUUCUCUAUGCUUCUGGUGGUGGGUGUUUGAGACGUUGCCUAUUGUACAUCUUUCCUUUAACUCCAACACGCUUAAAGCGCUACCGCACCUUGGAAGAGGGCGUAUCAUCAUGCCCGGACAAAAGAUCCACGAGUCGGUUCUAUUUCGUCCCAACUACCGACCUAAAGCACAUUUUUGGAUGAAUGUCCAGCCAUGGCCUGAAGCGGUACAGUGGAAUACAGCCUCCGCCGAGGAGCAGUUAUCACAGCUUGACUUGGAAUCGCUUCCCUUCGAAGGACUGACUGCUGAAAUUCUCGUCAUUUGUGUCCUUGACAAACAAAUGCUUGAUAGCUUGGCGUUUAUGUGUUCAUUUGAACUCGGAGUUAAAGUAGUCAAGAAAGCGAAUGCCCGUGAGACGCUGGAGGCAAUAGAGGCCAUACUGGGUGUCGACGACAAACGUAUCGCAGGCGCUAAACGUUCAAAAGACAAUUGGGGGAGAUGGCCUCCAGUAGAUUCUGAGAGGAACGGAGAAACUAAUAAGGCCAGAGAGAAACACGAUACCCGUCUCGUGCGCUUCAGUGCAUUCAUCGCGCUCUGCGAACUCGGCAUGAUCAUGAUGAUGGAGUACAUCCUAGACGACCUGUUUCAAUUUUGUUUUUCCUGGAUUAUAACUUAUGUCCUACAGAGAGUAUUACUAUCUAUGCAGGACUGGAUACGAUAUAGUCGGUGGAACCCUAGCUGGUGUCCCUAGCGCAUUAGCCUUAGGGUAAAUAACGUCCCAUUCGAAUAUUUGCGUUAAUUAACUUUUGCAGAUGUGUGGUCUUAUUUCGUUCAAGGGUUGUCCAAAUUCAUGGUAUUCGUGGACGGAGGCUCUGCUACCUGCACAUCUGCUGUAGGGCUAUCGUAUUAUGGGACCAAUACGCCUCGGUGUCCCCCUGUCAGCGAUCCGGAAUGCCCACAAAUUGAGUUCACGACUGGACACAAUUAAUCGUCCUCGAAGAUAUUGGCCAUUGAGUGGUGCAUUUUAGAGGCACAGAACGCGUCACAUUGGUAAUUUUGCGAUACCUUUGUCUACAGGUUUAUACCAGAAAUCAAUGUAUAACUGUCUGCAAACGUAUUUAUGCAUUGGUUUGUCGAAGUCAGCGGAGAAGUUAGUCACGAGCGUUACACAGGAACAUUGCA